GAUUGGAUCGAUUCGAAGUAAGCUCAUCGAAUCCAUAUGCACGCCAUUGAUCCAAAACCAAAAUUAGGGUGAAGAACACAUAUAUUUUCGCCUCCUAUUUUGGAUGCAAAGAUUCCUUCUGCAAAUCUUACAAAAACACUACUCGAAAUUCACUCUCUCUCUAGAAUUUCGUAGCUUGAUUGCAUCAACAAGCUGAUCUACUUGGAUUACUCUGUGAAGUAUGAAAGAACAUGUGGAUCGUGAUAUGCCUGAUAUUGAGAAAUCUAGUGUGAUUGUUGAAGAGAAGGGGAAAACUGAGGGGGGUUUGGGUGAGAGAGAUGAAGGGGAGGAUAUGAUGGUGGAUGUUGUUGGUGCUGAUGCUGUUGAUUUGGAUAGUAAGGCGAAUUCUGUUCGAUUGGUUGAAGAGUGUAUGCAGAAAGAAACAGAGACUCGUGAUCUGAAUAUGGAUGUGAAAGAAGAAGUUGCAGGUUCAGGUGAAGAAGAUGUUUGUCAUGAUUCAGUUGGAACUAGUGUUUUAACUGUUGAGAAAGUUGAGGUUCGAGAUUGUGAAAUGGAUUUUGAAUCAAGGGGAGAGUCUCAAAUUGGUGGAGGGGAUAUUGCUGUAAUUGAUGAGAAUGAGCUAAUGGAAAGAGGUUCGAGUCUGGAGCAGCGUGUAGAAUCUGUUGAAGAGUGUACGCGGAAAGAAGCAGAGAUUCGUGAUCAGAAUAUGGAUGUGAAAGAAGAAGUUGCAGGUUCAGGUGAAGAUGUUUGUUGUAAUUCGGUUGGAAGUGGGGUUUUAGCUUUUGAGAACGUUGAGGUGACAGUGAAUGAGGAAGGUUUGAAAACAGGUAUAGAGGUACAAGAUUGUGAAAUGAGUUUUAAGUCAAAGGGGGAGCCUCAACUUGGUGGAGGAGAUAUUGCCGGCAAGGAGCAAAUGGAAAAAGGUUCGAACAUGGAGCAACAUGUAGAAUAUGUUGAAGAGUGUAUGAAAGAAACAGUCUCUCAUGAUCUGAAUAUGGAUAUGGAAGAAGCCGCGGCUUCAGGUGAAGAUGUUUGUCACGAUUCAGUUGGAAGUGGGGUUGUAGCUUUUGAGAAAGUUGAGGUGACGGUGAUAGAGGAAGGGUUGAACACAAGUUUAGAGGUAAGCAAAGACGUUCUUCAAGGCAAUGAUGCAACUGCUUGUGGAUCCUUGGUACAUGAUUCUAAAGAAUCGUCAAUUGGUGGAGGAGAUAUUGUUGUAAUAGAUAACAAGGAUUUAACCGAAAGAGGUUCAACCGAGGAAGUUGUGGCGCAGCAUGUAGAAUCUGCUGAAGAGGUGGCUGACGGAGAUCGUAUGAUGGAUCAAAAAAACAAGAAAGAAGCUGAGAAUUUAGAUUCCUCAGAGAUUGCAGAGUCAUUGAAAGUUGACAUGAUAGUUGUGCAGGAUGGUUUUGCCAGUAAAGAUGAAGCUAAAGAAACUGUUUCUGUGGAUCCAAGUUUAGUUUCUGCUAAUAAUCAAGAUUCUUCAACUGAAUUGGCUAAUGUAGGAACAGAUGAAGUUGCUGAAAUGAGCAAAGAAGAGAGUCUACAUCCAAAAAUUGAAGCUAUAAACACAAGCCGAGAGACUCGUCUUGUUGGAGGAGAGAAUGAUUUGAUAGAUAGUGAGGAGAAAUCAGAUAGAGGUUUGGCCAAGGAGAUCAUGGAACAGCCUAUGGAAUGUGAUCAACAAGUGGGUGAUGAAGAUUGUAUGGUGAACGAAAAGAUUGGAAAAGAAUCUGAAGCUUUAGGUUCCUCAAAGAUUUCAGAGCCUUCGAUCACAACAAAUCCUGGUUCUGAGGAUGUUGAUGUUGUGGUUGUAGAGGAGGGUUUAACCAGCAAAGAUGAAGUUCAAGUUGGUGUUUCUGUGGAUCCAAGUUUGGUUUGUGCUGAUAAGGUGGUCAAUUCAGCAACAAGUGAAGGUGAUGUCAUUGCACAAGCCGAAAAUGUGGACCAACAAGUUGAAGUUAUAGCAAACGAUGCUCAAAAUCUUGAAAGCGGAACUGGUGUUGAAGAUUCCAAAUCGGCUGUUGACACAUCUAGUGGAGAGCCUCAAUUUGGAGUAGAAACUGCUGUAAUAGAUAUAGAGGAAACAGAAAAGGGUUUGACCGUUGAGGCUGAGGAGAUCGUGGAUCAGCAUCCUGAAUCUGUUCAAGAGAGAAUUCAUGGAGAUGAUGUGAUGGAUGUGAAAACUCAAAAAGGAGAUGAGGUUUCAGAUUCCUCAAAAAUUCCCGAAUCAUUAACCGCAGCCAAUCUUGGUCCAGAAGAAGUUUUAACCACGAAAAUUGAAGCUCAAGAUGGUGAUUCUGUUGGUCAGAGGCUAGUUUACCCCGAUAAUCAAAGUUUAUCGACUGAAAACUCAGACCUGCGAGCUGAAGUUGGUACAACGAGCAAAGAUGAGAGCGUGCAUCCAACAAUAGAAGUCGCUUCACGCACUGAAGUUGAUGAAGUGACGGGUUCUGAAAAACAGAAGGAUCUUGAUUCCAUUUCUGAUGAUUCAGAGAACAAGCCGAGUCUACAUCCUGAUAAAGUACCCACGGAUCUAGGUUCAACUCCUAAGCCGUCCUUUAUAGUUGGCGAAUUCAUUCAAAGGAUAGCGAGCCAGCUGACUGGGCCAGGGCCACCGUUAGUUCUGAAAUCCAACAGUGAUCCUGAUGGUCAACAUGUUGACCAACUAGUCGGACCCGAGAACUCCCAAGGGGAAAGGACGAUUAUCGAGAAUAAGCAAUCAUCCGUAGCUGAGAUGCUAUCACAACUGCACUUGGUUGCUCAAGAUCCUAUGAAAGUGUACAGCUUCUUAAAUACCAUCAAACCAUUCUUCCAUGAUCGUAGAACAGCUGUUGGAAGACCAUUCAGUGUUAGGAAGAGAAAAACGUCCAAUGAAAACGAACCUGAAGAGUUUGAAUUUGAUGAUGUUAAUGAUUCUUAUUGGACGGAUAGGAUCGUUCAAAACCAUUCAGAAGAGCAAUUGUUGCAAGAGAAUCAGAAUGGAGGGCAAGAACAGCAUGCUGUGGCUUAUGAACCAGAUAAACCAGCAAAAGCACACCGUAGAUCGAAUAAAAAGCGGUUUUUGUUUAGUAAUCAUGAAAUGGGGUUAAAGGAACAAUCAGAGCUUGUUGAGCGAAGGCAGAAAAAUUUGGCAACGGAAGUCGUGUUGAGGUUCCCAGAGGGUAUCUAUUUUCCUUCGGAAAUUCAUCUAAAUAAAAUGUUUAGACGGUUUGGGGCUUUGAUGGAAUCGGAAACCGAAGUUGAUAGGCAGAACGGGCGUGCACGAGUGGUGUUCAAAAAAUGUUGUGAUGCAGAAGUUGCUCACAGUAGUGCCGGAAAGUUCAACAUAUUCGGCUCGAUCAAUGUAAAUUAUGAGCUCAAUUAUACCCCGUUAGUCUCGUAUAAACCUUUGCUCCUUUCGGUAUUACAAGAUUCGAUGGAUACAACCUAAUGUCAUUGCUGCAGAAGUUAUUCUUUUCAGACAUCUGGUAAAACAUACAGACACCUGGGAAAAGCAUAGUAUGGUACAUGAAAGGCAAGUGUAAACUUAAUUCUGCUUUGAGAAUCCUUCUUUGCCUUCAAUAAAUAAAAGUCCUUAUAUUAUGCUGUGU